AUGUCAUCUACCGAUGUCACCGUUCUCAUACCUGGAAACGGUCAACAAGCCGAACUCCCGAGGCUGUUCACACAAAGGAGAGGAGGUAUUCGAUCUGAUCCUACUAAUUGCGAGAAACCUGAUACAGUUUGGAAGAAUAAUUUUGAUGUUGAGAAAAAAACUAGGAAAACACGAAAUGCAACGGUCAAUUUCGAUAAUAUCAGGGAGUCAAGCGUUUCAAUGGAUAUUGAUUCGUUAUCCAAUAGGGCAUUUCUAAUAGCUGAUGAGGAAGAUGACUUUUUAUAA